AUGUCAAUUUUGGACCAGCCCAAGAUAUGUUCUUCUUUGCCUCGCAUACGUGACCCAGAUUUAGAACAAGAAUUAAAACGUCGAGGAAUUGAACUAACAGACAUAGGUCCAGAAACUCCUCCUAUUGACAUGCUCAUCGGUGCUGACUUUCUGGGAGGAAUAUUAACAGGAAGAAUAGAAGUUCUGCCAUCUGGUAUAACAGCCGUAGAAACGAAACUCGGAUGGAGUGUUUUAGGUCCAGGAAAGAAGAGCAGCAUAAAUAUGGUAUCGCUGUGUAUGCAUCACUCAGAGAUACACAAAAUUUGGGACUUAGAAUCUUUGGGUAUAACAGAUCCCUCUGAGAGGAAAACAACUAAGGAGCUAGAUGAAGAAACGGUCACAUAUUUUCAAGAGACAAUUCGGAAAACUGGCAACAGGUAUGAGGUGGCUCUUCCAUGGCUAGCAGGACAUCCUCACUUGUAUGAUGGAUACGACCAGGCAGAAGCAAGACUUCGCACCGUUACUAAGCGUCUUUUGAAAGACAAUUACUACGAACUGUAUGAUGGUGUCUUACAGCAGUGGAAGAAUGAUAACAUCAUAGAGGAGGUGACAGAAGCUGAAAUGUCAAGUUCAAAGGCUUGUCAUUAUUUGCCACAUCAUCCAGUCGUUAAAUCAUCAAGCGCUACCACGAAGGUCAGGCCAGUCUUUGACGCUUCAUGCAAACGCCCCGGAUAUGCCUCCUUAAAUGACUGUCUUAGUACAGGACCAAGUUUAUUAAGUGAAAUCCCUCGCCUCAUAAGUAAAUUUCGUUGUGGUGCCAUUGGAGUAAUUGCAGACAUUAAACAAGCAUUUCUUCAACUCUCUUUAGCUGCCAAAGAUAGAGACUACCUAAGAUUCCUUUGGUGGGAGAGAAUGGUACGUAGCAUUAAACAAAUUUUACGAAAGUGCUUGGGAAAGGCUUGCGUGACAUACGAAGAGAUGCUCACGGUGUUGUGCGAAGCAGAAAGUGUCAUUAAUGAGAGACCACUCACCUAUAUCUCGGACGAUCCGAAUGAAAUGACACCUGUAACUCCAGCUCAUUUCAUACAAGACAUAAGAGGAUCAGAAACACAUGACUUGGACAUCCUUGACUCCCAGCAUUUAUUAAAAAGAGUGCGUUAUGUACAAAGUUUGCGCGAUAAUUUUCGAAAACGUUUCCAGAGGGAAUAUUUAGGUGAACUUGUACGUAAUCCAAAAUCUAGAUCAAAACAGCAGGAAAUUUCGGUGGGAGAAAUAGUUCUCAUAGGAUGUGAGGACACUAAGAGAUUGAACUGGCCAUUAGGUCGUGUUGUUGAACUGUAUCCUGGCAGGGAUGGUAUCCAAAGAAUUGCCAAACUACGAGUUGCUAAUGGCUACCUCGUUAGACCUUUGCAGAGGCUGUAUCCUCUCGAAAUGUCAAUCAGUGAUUUGCCAUCAGACCUAGCAGCAAAUGGGAAGGAGGUGGCAGCUAAUAUCGAUUCUGGAUACUUGGAGUCCACAACAGUUCCUAUUCCAAAAACCCUCAACCCUGACGCUGAGAUUUUCAUUCCCAUGACCGAGGUACCUCAGCCAGUGAAACAAACCCGCAGUGGUCGACGAAUAGUCCCUCCACAACGUUUGGACUUGUAG